CAAAGGGGAGCAGACUGCAGCCGAUAACCGACAGAAGAGAUUUCCGCAACGUGUUAGACUUAUAAAAUUACAGGGCAGUAGAAACUUAUUCUUAUUAGUGCCUAAGUUAAAAGUAAAUUUCUAGCUGCUCAAAAGCGGUUAGUCAAAGUUUACUAUACGAAGGAUUCAAUUCAUGCAUUUGUUUGCUCAUAUAUUUGUUAUAUAUAAAACAUCCUGAUUGAAUUUGCGUUACGAAGUAGGAAACGUACAAACGAAAAUUUUAAUCGCAGUGUGCAAAAUACACGAUUAAAAAUUUCGGAAAAGUUGUUUCCUUGUUACAUUGGUAACAUUUUUAAAAUUUUCGUUUUGGAUCAUCGACGAUGCCCAGAGAAAACGCAGAAAAAAAACUCAGAAACUGAGCAAUCAUGCACGCUCUGCCGAGAUGCGGAUAACCAAGAAAUGGUGGACACUUGAUCGACCAAAACACGACUGUGGAUCCGGACCUAAUCAACAAACUGCCGCCAGAACUUCGUACCCAAUUACUGAGAGAGCAAGAAGCUCUUGAGCACAAAUUUCUCCUGCGAAGGUUUCAAUUGAUGUUGGAACCGAAUAAUCUCACCGUGAGAAGUCAUCCAUCGUCAGCUCAACAUGUGCAGCCACCACGUCCCUUUUCGAGAAAUAAUAUGUCGCCAUUCGUCUCAAUCGCGCACGAUUCAGUUCAAAUCACACGCCUCGCUUUUCCACUGAAUUUUCUGGACUCUCCCAGUUUGUAGUUUGCGAUUGUCCUAGUGCUAUGACAUUUUCUCCACCCCGCGCCAAGCAACGAUCGCAUAUUCCAGUACAGAAUCCAUCUAAGUUCAUUCAAUGACCAACUGCGUUGUUUCGGCAUCCUCCGCGUCCCAACGGUUCCGCGUUCGCUUCAUUUGCCGGUCUCUCAAAUGAUGCUCUGCAAGAGAGCCAUCCAUAUGAGUCGCACGAAAUGCCUACCGUCAUGGGAACAACGUUGCUGAAUAAAAGUCAAAUCGCCGCCCGUCACGCAGUUGCCAGAGAAUUACCGAUCUUCAGUGGUGAACCUGAGGAGUGGCCGUUGUUUUUCGCCACGUGUCUAAAGGGUGUCUAAAAGGAAAAGCAUUCGAAGCAGUCAAAUGCCAGCUACUACAUCCCGCCAACCUGGAACGCGCACUCUCAACCUUAAGAAUGCUAUUCGGCCGUCCCGAAAUUAUUGUUCACUCACUUCUCCAGAAAAUAAAUGCUCUCCCGGCACCCAAAGCGGACCGCUUAGGUACACUCGUUGAUUUUGCGCUAGCUGUUCGCAACAUGGUAGCAACAGUGAAGGCUUGUGAAUUAGAGGAACAUCUAUGUGAUUUAACCCUACCACACAGCCUGACUGACAGGCUACCGCCAAUGAUUCAUUUAAACUGAGCUACCCAUCGUCAGUCUCUGCGGCUGGUAACACUGUCAGACUUUAGUGACUGGUUAUACCAACUGGCAGAAGCAGCAAGUACAGUAACGAUGCCACAGUUGGCGAGAUCCUUUGACACCAACUCACGCCGCGGUCGUAAGGAUGAAAGUUUUUUAAAUGCGCAUACCGAAACAACUUCGGAGCCUAAUCAGUGCGCAAAAAAUGUUGGCUGUGCAAUUUGCAAGGGCAGUUGUGAAUCCGUGAAGAUCUGUAAGCUUUUUGCCUCGAUGGAUCUUUCGGCACGUUGGUCUGCACUCCGCGAGCAUAAGCUAUGCCGUUGUUGUCUAGGCAGUCACCGAGGCUCGUGUAAGGUUGGAAAACCAUGCGGUAAGAACGGAUGUGUAUACAAGCACCAUCGUCUCAUGCACAAUGAUGCUAAAGAAAAACCAGUUUCACUACAGCCGUCAGGUUUCACACAACAACCGCAAACUUUUCAAAACCCCGUCGCUGGCAGUUCUCGAGAAACCAAAUCGUGCAACACUCAUCGAGGAGGAACUAAAGCUGUGAUAUUUCAGUAUGUUCCUGUAAUAUUAUACAACAACGGAUUCAAGUUGCACACUUAUGCGUUUUUGGAUAGUGGCUCCUCUCUCACGCUGAUGGAAGAUUGUUUGGCGAAGGAACUGAACUUGAAAGGCGAAAAGCACCCACUAUAUUGUUGGACGGCAGAUACUUGUCAAUAUGAGAACAAAGCUAUGCGUGUUUCGUUAGGUAUCUCUGGGACAAAUGAUAGAAACUCAAAAAAUAAUUUAACUGAUGUCUAUACGGUUAAAGAAUUAAAACUACCGUCACAAUCUCUGUCCAUUCAUAAGUUGAAAGGAAAAUAUUCUCAUCUCGACGGGUUGUCAAUAGAAUCUUAUAGUAAUGUUCAACUCAAAAUAUUGAUUGGAAUGAACAAUAUGCGAGUGAUAAAUACUUUGGAGAGUCGUGAAGGAAAACCGAAUGAACCAGUAGCGGUCAAGACACGGCUUGGGUGGACGAUCUAUGGAACGUGUUCGUCAGACGAUGAUCAUGCAUCAAAUGACGUCACUCAUAUCUACAGUAUCUGCUUCCACUCAUAUGAAUCCGAUAGAGACUUACACGAAAUGGUGAAGGGAUACUUCGCGAUUGACAGCCUAGGAAUUAGUGCACCGCAGAACCAACUGCUUUCCAAGGAAGAUGAACGUGCACUUUCAAAACUACACGAGAUCACGAGUUACCAAAAUGGGCGCUACCAAGUGGGACUACUCUGGAAAUAUGACAAUGUACGUUUACCUAACAACCGCUCUGUGACUCUAAGACGGCAUCGUUGUUAAAUAAAAAGGAUGGAACGCGAACCAGAACUGGCAGAAAUAUUGCGGUCCAAGAUAGCGGAUUACGAACGCAAAGGAUAUAUUCGUAAGCUUACUUCGGAGGAGAGCCGAAACACCGGAAGUAGAACCUGGUAUUUACCAAUCUUCCCAGUGUUCAAUCCCAACAAGCCAGGGAAAGUGCGGAUUGUUUUCGAUGCGGCAGCUUCCUUCGGUGGUGUUUCACUGAAUUCCGUGCUUAUGAAAGGCCCUGAUCAGCUAAACGAUUUACCACCGGUUUUGUAUAAGUUUAGAGAACGAUUGAUAGGCCUGGGAGGAGACGUAGCUGAAAUUUUUCAUCAAAUCGUGAUGAAUUCUGAAGAUGAGGACAGUCAACGGUUUAUGUGGUGCGCUAACGAGAGCACGACGGAACCUUGCGAUUACGUUAUGCAGGUGGUAACCUUUGGUGCGACAUGUUCACCUUGCACAGCGAUCUUUGUUUUAAAUAAAAACGCAUCCCGAUUCGCGCGUGAGUAUCACGCCGCCGUCGAGGCUAUUCAUAGUAGGCACUAUGUUGAUGAUAUGUUGUAGUGUAGACACGGAGGAAGAAGCUAUAAAACUAGCGAAGGAGGUUCGAUAUGUUCAUCGCGAAGGAGGCUUCCAUAUGAGAAACUGGGUUUCUAACUCACCAAGAGUGUUGGCAAGCUUAGGGGAAAUGCCAAACCAUGAAAAAUCAUUGGAAAUGAACUCGGAUUUAGCCAUGAAAAAGGUUCUCGGUAUGUGGUGGAACACUGAGACAGACACCUUUCGGUACAAACUUUGCACAGACCGCAACAGGGAUCUUCUCGAAGGAAUCACCAACCCAACCAAGCGGGACUUACUUCGUACAUUGAUGGCUAUCUACGAUCCUUUAGGUCUCAUAGCGCAUUAUUUAAUAUAUCUUAAGAUACUUAUCCAGGAGGUUUGGAGAGCAAAGACUGGAUGGUAUGAACAAAUCGGAGAAAGAGAGCUAGAAAAAUGGCGUACAUGGUUACGGGCACUGCCGGAGCUCGGUUCAGUAAGAAUUCCCCGUUGCUAUUACCGAGCUGAGAAUAAAGUCGACGAAGUAGGGAUAGAGCUUCAUACGUUCGUUGAUGCUAGUGAGCUCGGAUACGCGGCUGUUUCUUAUUUCCGUUUUGAAAAAAACGGAACCAUCCACUGCGCCCUAGUGGGAAGUAAGACCCGGGUAGCACCUCUGAAAUUCGUAUCCAUCCCCCGAUUAGAGCUGCAUGCUGCGGUGAUUUGUACGCGAUUAGCUAAAAGUAUUGUGGCGGGACAUUCCAUCAAAAUCGAUCGACAGUUUUUCUGGUCCGAUGCUCGAGACGUUAUGUGUUGGUUGCAAUCUGACCACCGACGUUACUCUCAGUUUGUGGCGUUCCGCGUGGGCGAGAUACUAGAGGCGACAGAUGUCACCGACUGGAGGUGGUUGGGUUCGAAGGACAAUGUGGCCGAUGAUGGCACCAAAUGGAAGAAUAAACUCGAUCUUUCACCAACGAGUCGUUGGUUUCUUGGGUCACCGUUUUUGUGGAAGUCCAAAGAAGAUUGGCCCAGAUCAUCUUUGAAUUGCACGGUAACUAUGGAAGAAAUCCGUCCAAGCAUGUUACACCACGUCGAAGGGAGGCCCCGGUUUCUGUUAGCACAGAAUUUUUCCUCCUGGAACCGUCUGCGACUUAUUACGGCGCUUGCACAACGUUUCGCGACAAAUCUCCGCUUGAAGAGAAAAAAACAACAACCGGCAAGCGGACCAUUAACCCGAGAUGAACUUUUUAAAGCUGAGAUGUUCCACUUCAAGCAGGCACAAGAAGAUGUUUACGGGGAUGAACUAGCGACACUUACAGCAGGCAAUAAUCGUCUUCAUAAAAAGAAUAGCUUGUUCAAGCUCAGUCCGUUUAUCGAUAAGCAGGGAGUUAUGCGGAUUCGAAGUCGUCUGGGUGAAUGUGACUAUGUAGACGAGAACAGCAGGUAUCCUAUCGUUCUACCACGAGAUCAUCCGGUAACGUCUCUCGUCGUGCGCGAUGUUCAUUUACGGUAUCAUCACCAAAGUCAUGAGACCUGUGUGAACGAAAUUCGUAAAUGUUUCCAUAUUCCACGAGUUCGCAUUGUUUAUAAACGUGUUCAUCGGGAAUGCCAGGAUUGUAAAUUACAACGUGCUGUUCCUGCUCCCCCGAUGAUGGCUUCUUUGCCUAAAUCGAGACUAGCUGCUUUUGCUCGACCAUUCUCAUUCGUGGGUGUCGAUUUUUUUGGACCCCUUUUCGUCGUUGUAGGUCGUCAUCAUGAGAAGCGAUGGGGCGUCAUUAUGACAUGUUUGACUACACGGGCAAUACACAUCGAAUUGGCUGUUACACUGGAUACAAGCUCAUGUAUUCUUGCACUACGGAAUUGUUUUGCCCGGAGAGGAACUCCGAUAGAAAUUUUUAGUGAUCGAGGGACGAAUUUCGUGGGGGCGGACAAGGAGCUGAAAGAGGCGGUAGCGAAGAUGGACCAAAACAAGUUUAUGGUGGAAUUUACCACACCAAGAACAACAUGGCACUUUAAUCCACCUGCGUCUCCGCACAUGGGCGGCUGCUGGGAGCGGUUAGUCCAAUCGGUGAAGAAAAUUCUGGCAAAAGUUAAACCACAACGGGUACCUACGGAAGAAAUGCUCCGGAACUACCUGAUAGAGGUAGAAAACAUAAUCAACAGUCGACCUUUCACGCAUGUGUCCGUGGACGAUUGCUCAUCACCAGCGCUCACCCCCAACCAUUUUUUGUUGGGUUUGUCAGAUGGGUCAAAACCGCUUGUGGAAUACGACGAAUGUCCGACAUCAUUGCAACGCUCGUGGAAGGCUUCACAAGCACUUGCUAAUCUCUACUGGAAACGGUGGGUAGCGGAAUAUCUGCCCACAAUUACUCGUCGAACUAAAUGGUUCUAUCCAGUCCGACCGAUUUCUGUCGGAGAAAUCGUAUUAAUAGUAGAUCCGAAUUUACCAAGAAACUGUUGGCCCAAAGGCCGGGUGAUUGCGGUCAAAACAUCGAUUGAUGGACAAGUGCGUUCGGCAGUCGUUCAGACUGCCGCUGGGAUGUACGAGCGACCUGCAACCAAGAUUGCCGUAUUGGACGUAGGUGCAAAGGGAAGUGAGCCGGACCAGGGUCCAACUACUGGGGGGGACUGUUGCGUGCAAACCCUGUGUGACGACGCACCUACUCCUCUAUUGCAUUGCCGACGCAGUGCUUCAUCGCCGCAAGCUACGGCGAGCAAACUGCUAUAGCGAACGGACUGACAUCUCUGUCACUUGGCCAGCGAUAACGAAGGGGAGCAGACUGCAGCCGAUAACCGACAGAAGAGAUUUCCGCAACGUGUUAGACUUAUAAAAUUACAGGGCAGUAGAAAUUUAUUCUUAUUAGUGCCUAAGUUAAAAGUAACUUUCUAGCUGCUCAAAAGCGGUAAGAUGUUAAAAAGUUAAAUUAACAGUAAAACUAAAAUCAAAUGAUCAAAUUUAUAGGUUAGUCAAAGUUUACUAUACAAAGGAUUCAAUUCAUGCAUUUGUUUGCUCAUAUGUAAGCUGAUAUAAAAUUUAAUUCUAAAUUGUACCUAAUUGCUAAUCCCUCUCCUAGGUUGAGGGGCUCGACGGUUUUGCAAUUAGUAAUAUCUGGUUUAAAUUGGUGAACUAAAAUACUCUUUUCGGUUAUGUAUUAUACAAGAUAGAUCCAGUCUAAUAAGGCCAGAUGCUAGUUGCAAAACACCUCAAACGUUCUUUGAAAAGACUUUGAUGGGCUUUUCGGUUGUAAUCAAAAUAAAAAAGCAUUAAAACUUAACCUAAUAC